AAGAGAAUGAUUUAUAUUAAUGAAAAGGAAAUGGACUUAGACAUAGAAAAGCUGCUAAGGGAGUGGGAAGGUCCUGAGUCGGCCAUAAUGAAAGAACAAAUAAAAAGAAUUGAAGACCAACAAAGUUUUUAAUGAAAAUUGCGGAGAGAGGAGGGGCUGAAAGAGAAGAAAAAGAAGAAUCCGAGCAAACAGAAGUAGAAUGUAUACCCAGAAUAACUACUAACAAAGUACAAACAAGUAGUACAAAAGAAGAAAUAAUGGUAGAGAAAAUAUAUGCAGUAAAUAACAAUAAAAGCACAGAAAGUGAAGAGAAUAUUAAUGAGAGUAAUAAUACAUCAAGCAGAGAAGAAAGACCCAUGGCAUUAUCAUACAUUGACAGGUAUUCAAGACAGAUGAUAAUUAAGGAGAUAGGCGUAGAAGGGCAGAAAAAGAUAAAAGAGAGCAGAGUACUAGUAGUUGGUGCUGGUGGCCUUGGUGCGCCAGUUCUUAUGUACUUAUCUGCAAUGGGCGUGGGAACUAUUGGUAUUUCCGAUUCUGAUGUAGUUGAAGAGUCAAAUCUUAACAGGCAAGUACUGUAUAAAGAAUUAUCAAUAGGUAAAUAUAAGACAAAAGAAGCCAAGGAUAAUUUAUCUGGUCUUUCUUCAUCUGCGGAGUAUAAUAUACACAAUAAAAUAACCAGAGAGAAUCUGUGGAGUGUUUGUUCAUUGUACGACUUGGUGCUUGACUGUGGUGAUAACAGGCCAUUAAGAUACUUACUUAGUGAUUAUUGUAGGUCUAGAAGUAUUCCUUAUAUAUGUGGAUCAUCUUUGAGAUGGGAAGGGCAUGUAUACAGACUUACAACCCUGUGCUAUAGAUGUGUACAUCCAACAACUGGCAUGUAUACAAGUGGCAAUUGUUCGUCUGCUGGUAUAAUAGGCAGUAUGUGUGGUGUGGUGGGCUCAUUAAUGGCUACAGAAGCCAUGAAAGUCAUUAUAGGAUUAGAGGGGAUGGAUGAUCGGCUAACAUACAUAAAUGGACUAAAAAAUGAAUUUAUGAACUUAUCACUUAAGAAAAAGUUAUGUACUCUCUGUAGAGACACUUCUCUUCUGACAGUUGAGCAGAAAAAAGAAAGAAUAUUUCAGGAAAAUCAGGAUUUAGAAGAAAAGGAUGAAAAAUUCUCACAAUGCGAGUUAACGGAUUUAAUAAAAAAAGCAACGGAGAUUAAAAUCACAAAAAACACUGAAAUACCAGAAAAUACAUCUAAAAGUACAAUUGAGCAGACAGACCAUAAGACAGCAAGUAAAGAUGUGAGCGAAGAUAUCCUUACGAACAGUAAAAGUGCAGAUGAGAUUGAUGAAUCAACUGAAAUAGCAUGGAAAACUGUAUAUUCUUCUCCAGAGUCAUACUUUAUUGUAGAUAUUAGAUCAUCUGCUGAGAAUAAAAUAAUAUCGGUUCCCAAGGCGUACCUCUACCCAUUAAGUGAGAUAGUUGAUAAUCCAAAAAAAGCACGUACUAUUAUACAAAGAAAAGCAAAGAACAGAAGAAUCCUUUUGUGCUGCAGAAAUGGAAGUACAUCAAAGAAGUUUGUACCUAUAUUUGGCGGGUUAAGUAUAUCGGGAGGUACACAAUCUUACAUUAAAUACAUACAGUCUCUCUUAAACAAAGGAAAUAUCUCAGAAUAAAUGAUAACCAGAAGG